CCGCAGCACCGCCCGGCUAAUUAAUAUUCAUAUAUUGCUUUACUAUGUAAUCUCAUAUAGGCCGAGUCCCGGACGCUACUGCGCAUGUGCGGGAUUUCUCACUACACCCGGAAGCGGUCUUCAGCGCUGCUUCAUUCGUCCGGAGCAGCGCUGAAGUAAGGGUGUAGGCAGUUUGAGACUCGCAGGGCGGCGGUUACAAUACAGUGGCAGUUGAAGGCAGUAACCCCGCCUUUGCCAGUUAAGUUCUAAUUUUAAUACACAGAAAAAGACCUGUAACGGGCAAACGGCACAGCGGAUCCGGGCAAGAUCAUUCAUAGACCGGCCAGAAGGAACUUGAAUAUGAAUCAUUAUGCUAAUAAGAAGAGCGCAGCAGAGAGCAUGCUGGAUAUCGCCCUGCUGAUGGCCAACGCGUCCCAGCUAAAAGCCGUAAUCGAGCAAGGACCUGAUUUCUCAUUCUAUGUCCCACUCAUCACUAUGAUCACGAUAUCCCUGGUCCUCCAGAUUGUGGUUGGGGUGCUCCUCAUCUUCAUUGUUAAAUAUGACCUUAAUAAUGUGGCCAAACACACCAAACUGGACAACCUAGAAAACGCUGCUACUGGGAUUGUGUUUAUCAUUGUCGUGGUCAAUGUGUUUAUUACAGCAUUUGGGGUGCAGAAGCCAGCAGAGGCGCCUACAAAAGUAUAGAACUAAAAAGAUAUUUAAGGACUGAAAAGAGUAUAUUUGUUUAUCACACAAACAUCCUACACAUGGCAACCGAGACAUUUCAAGUCUUCCCAUUUACGCACCUUCCCCGGACACAACAUGUGCAUCGAGUACUGGAAUUAUUUGCUUCUUUUGGGUAAAAUGUAACACAAGACACAUGGAAGUUAUUUAGAUUUCGCUGUCAAUUUAAUCUCUGACGUUCUAUGUCCCUCAGAGGACACAACUGGCAGAAAACCAAAGAGCAGGGAUUUCUUUUUUUUUUCUCCAAAACUGAUCAGAUGAUGUAGUCUUGGACCAGAAAGGAAUCAUAACAUCUGUAACUAGUCCGAUAGUUGUUUUACCCCACAAUAAUGGGCAUUCUGAAGACGAUGCAGUCUGGAGAAGUGUUAUGAAUCACGCUGCAUGUCUCAUAUACAGUACAUAUGUCUAUCUCCAUGGUGGUGAUGUGGGAUGGUCCGUGUAAGCUGCAAUACUAUGUCCCACAACCCUCUUGUGGUGUUGUCCACUGUUCUGUAGCUGUUUUCUAGCAUGAUGGAACUACAUCAGUUUAGGUUAUUUAUUUAUUUUUUUUUUGUAACACAAUGGCCUCAUUUACUAUUGCAAACCCGACAUGUUUUGUCGCGUUGUGCGCCAGAAAAUCUUGUCUGCACCAGAAUUUGCGCCAGAAUAUGAGCCAGAAUUUUAAAAAAACCUGACUAACUCUCCAUUUUACUAAGAAAACCCCAAAAAGGGGCAUGGCCGGUGGGGGAAAGGGGCGUGGUCACCGAAAAGGGACGCUUUCCCGACAUUUUCGCACAAACCCAACAUACAGUGGUCCCUCAACAUACGAUGGUAAUUUGUUCCAAAUGAACCAUCGUUAGUUGAAACCAUCGUAUGUUGAGGGAUCCGUGCAAUGUAAAGUAUAGGAAGUUAUACUCACCUGUCCCCGCCACUCCGGACCAUCACCGCUGCCCUGGAUGUCACCCUCCAUCGCUGUCACCGCAUCCCCGGGGUGUCCCUGCCGCUCCAGACCGUCUCUGCUGGCCGGGAUCGUCGCUCUUCAUCGCAGUCAUCACGUCGCUGCGCACGCCGCUCCUACUGGAUGACGGGACAGCGUGCGAGGCAACGUGAUGACGACUGAGAGCAACGGCGAUGCAGCGGAGCCUGAAGACGACGGUCCGGAACGUCGGGGACAGGAGAGUGACCAUCACGGGACCACACAUGGCACCGUAAACGGCUAUCCGGUGGCAGCUGAAGCAGUCUGCGCUGCCGGAUAGCCGUUUAUGCGAUGGCCCCGACAUACAAAAGCCUCGUAUGUUGAUGCUGCCUUCAACAUGUGAUGGCCUCUGAGAGGCCAUAGUAUGUCGAAAUUAUCGUAUGUCAGGGCCAUCGCAGGUCGGGGGGGUCACUGUAUUUACUAAGGUUUCCACAUAAAAUGUGGAGGAUUUGAGCGAAGGAAAACCCUACAGAUCAGAACAUGUGUAAAAAAAGCAAAGUGUAGGGAAAGUGGAAAAUGUAGGGAAACCUUAGAAAAUACCGUGGAAAAUAAUUGUUGGGAAUUAAAACCCACAAAGAAACCUACACGACACUCUUAGUAAAUCAGGGCCAAAUUUUUUAAAUUUUUUUUUUAAGGAACAAAAUAGGUUUGUUGAUAUACUGAAGAAAUAUGGGCAAGGUGAAAUAAAUUUUUGGUUGCAAGGUGUGGUGUUAUGCCACUAAGUAAACCGCUGCACAGGUUACGAUGCCACCAGGGUCAGAUUUACUUCACAGAUGAAAUUAACAGUGUAGACUAGAAGAAUGAAUGGAAACUAUUGGCUGGCUUAUAAUAAGAUAGUGUCGUCCUUUGGGCAUCAACUUAUAACAUCCCCCCGUUAACCCUAUCUGCAUAUGUAUCAUAGAUGGCCAAGUUUAGGUUGGCUGUGCCUUUUAUCUUAAUGGGUGUUGAGAACCCAUGCAUGCAUUUCUUGACAGGUCCAACAACACUGGCUAACAAAGUGGAAAAGUGAAGGUUAUCCAGUGUGUGUGUGAGGGGAGGGGGGGGGGGUCCUGCUCCUGUCCCUUAUUGUCUUCCUGAUCUGUAGAAUGACUUGUCGGGCCCAGGAAGAACCCUGGCCCAAUGUGUCAUUCUGCAGCUCAGCGAAUCGCUAGCAAUGUGCCACCUCGGUCAAUGAUUCGCUGAGUUGCAGAAUGACACAUUGGGCCGGGUGCUUCCGUAAAUGAGUCAUGCUGCUGCUGAGAAAGAUGAUUGCAUUAGGGAAUUGGAGGAGGACACCAGAGGCACCGUGGGAGCGCUGGAGGUAUGUAGAGGUUUAUUUUGGUAUAUCUCACACAAUGGGCAUAGCUUUGAACCCCCUUCCCCCAUAUGCUCUGGAUAACUCCUUUUAAUACAAGGAUCACUGGAAGGGUGUUGUGGGGCAAACAAGCUUGUGUCCUGCUGUGCAGGUGGUUAGGGGUGUUCUGUUAACCAGCACCAGAUUAGCACCCAGUUUUAAUUUUGUAGCUGACCUGCAAUUAUGCUAUACUGUAAAUGGUAUUUUUUCUGAAGAAGUAGAUUGUUAGUAGAUUGGUAUGGUUACCCAGGAAGAAAAGUUCCUUCACCCUAGUCUAAAUGGGCCCGUCUGGUAAAACAGCAUCAUCACACAGCCAUAAUGCCCCAUCUCAUAAAUCAUACGGAUCAUUUUACCUAACUACCAUUAUAAUGGAAUCACUGCCAUUUUUUUUUGUCUAUUCAUGUUUUGUCUAUUUUAUUUCCUUCUUAAACGUAUCUAAAAGAUUUUAGCCAGAUAAGCUACAAUGUAAAACGAUGGUUUCAACUAACGAUGGUUCAUUUGGAUGGUGCUGACAUCACGUGUAGUGUAGCUAUAUUUUAUAAUAAGGCAAAAUUCACUCUUCUGAACAGAUAUAUUGUAGUUUAUAGGAUAUGUUCUAUAAGACUGUUCAGACAAAUUGUGGAAUCCGUGACGGAAAUCUAUUUUUCCAAAGCACAGGAUUUGAUGUCAAGGAUUUGUAGCUUGUAUGCAGCAGUGUCACAUUUAUGCUACCCAAUGCUUUUCCCCCAUGUAAUCUGUUUGGAACAUCCCUUUUUUUUUUUUUAUCUGUAAUGCAGGUAAAUCUGAACUCACAUUGCAAAUAAUGGGAUUUGGAUUUUGAAGCCGAAUUUCUGCUGUGAACCUUAUCCUUAAAGGAGUUUAUUAGUGAAAUAUAACUUAUCCCGGUUCUAAAGGAGGAUAAAUUAUAGAUCGGCAAGGGGGGGUUGUCCAAUCACUGGGACCCCCCCCCCCCCCCCCGCAAUCUCCUGAAUGGGGCCCCGGCAGUCUGCUGGAAGGGGGUGUGCCGACCCCCACGCCCCUCCAUGUAUCCCAUAGAGAUAUAUGGAGGGGGCACGUCUGACGCGGCUUCCUGCGGGGGUCAGAACAUCCGCUUCCGGCAGACUGGCAGGGCCCCAUUCAGGAGAUUCCCAACAAUAGCGGUUGUCUAAGGUGAUCCUCUAUUCUGAUAGGUCUCGUUCAUUGAUCGUAAUGGUUUUCAUCGUCAGGCUAAUCCCCAGCAUCUUCUGAAUGUUCUCCUUGGAUUUCUUAGCGUUGUUCUUGCUGCAGCUGUACAUACUUCCAUGCCAAGAAUCUUCAUAUUCUCUAAUGUCUUAGCCUACGAGGAAACCUUAAAGGGCUACUCCGAUGGAAAACAUUUUUUUUUAAAUCUACUGGUGCCAGAAAGUUAAACCUUCCAUUACUUAUUAGCAGCUGUAUGCUACAGAGGAAAUUCUUUUCUUUUUUAAUUUCUUUUUGGUCUUGUCCACAGUGCUCUCUUCUGACACCUGAUGCCUGUAUCAGGAACUGUCCAGAGCAGGAGAAAAUCCCAAUUCAAACCUAUGCUGCUCUGGACAGUUCCUGACAAGGACAGA